GGCUCAGUACUACGCUGUCAUUAUUUGAAUGGGUGAUACCUUUCUCUUACAUUCCAGAUAAAUACACAACCAAGAAAGACUAACACAGAGCCGCAACCUGUUCAGAGGGUUUCUUCUUUUCUUGGGUUUUCUUUCUUAAAGCAUUAUAUGAAUCCGUUCCUCACCAGUCAUUCACUAUCCAGAUCAGAUUUCUCCUUUGAUUUUUAAUCAUGGUUCGUUUCAGUAACAGCAUAGUCGGAUUACUUAAUCUUGUCACAUUUGUGCUGUCGAUCCCCAUCUUGGGGGGAGGAAUAUGGCUGGCAACCAAGGCAGACACUGAUUGUGAGAAGUUUCUUCAAUGGCCGAUGAUUGCAACUGGGGGCUUUCUUCUGAUCGUCUCUCUCGUCGGCUUUGUGGGUGCCUGUUGCAGAGUCACAUGGCUGCUCUGGCUCUACUCGGCCGUAAUGUUUCUUCUCAUUCUGCUCUUGUUCUGCUUCACUGUCUUUGCCUUCGUCAUCACCAACAAGGGCGCUGGACGGGUCGUUUCAGGAAGAGGGUACAAGGAAUACCAGCUGGGAGACUACUCAAAUUGGCUGCAGAACAGAGUGAAUAAGAGCAGCAACUGGAACAAAAUUAAAAGCUGCCUUCAGGACGCCAAAGUGUGUAAAAGCCUCGCUGAUGAUUCGGCCAACGAAGCUGCAGAGCAGUUCUACAAAAGGAAUUUAUCCCCAACUCAGUCGGGUUGUUGCAAGCCACCAGCAUCAUGCAACUUUGUCUAUGGUAAUGCUACCUAUUGGACUCCUUCAACAACCAGCUCUACAACUACAGAUACAGAUUGCAACAAAUGGAGUAAUGUUCAAGAUCAAUUGUGUUACAAUUGUGACUCUUGCAAGGCUGGUGUGAUAGCCAACUUGAAGCACGAUUGGCACAAGAUUGCUAUUUUGAACAUUGUAGUGCUAAUUGCUCUAAUUGUGGUUUAUUCUAUAGGUUGUUGUGCAUUUAGAAAUAAUCUACGUGAUGAGCGUAACAAUUAUAAAUGAUCCUUAAGCUGACUGAGCUAAGGUCAUUCAAUGUUGUAGUCCAUGUGAUUGAUUUUUGUUUUUAUUAGGAAACAAAAUACUCCUAGCAAAAGGAAGCGCACUUUGUAUAUUGCUUCCAUUCUUUCUUUGUAUGGAUUCUCUAAUUAAUGUGUGCAAAUUUACUAGUACAUAUUCUUCUA